UAUAGCGAUUUACCGAAACCAGCCUAUUCAACUAUUAUACAUUUGCAACCACCAUGUCGAAGAGAGUAACUAAGAGAAAGGUUGAUCCCGAGUCACUGUCAGACGACCCUGAGGCGUUGAUCAAGGAAAACAAUACCAAGAAGCAGAAGACUGGUACGAACAGACGCCUUUCACGACUCGAAGAGUACGAUGAAGACGAGGGCCGAGAGGGUAGCCGAAAUUUUCAACGAUGGGCCGAGAUUUUCGAGGGCAAUACCCAAGGCGAAGUUACGAAAUCAAAGACUUUCAUCAAGAACUUUGCAAUGAAAGUCAAGAAACAGACAGAUAAGGUGCGAGAGUAUAUUCAAGAACAGGAGAAAGAACUCGCCCAGAGCAAUGAUAAAUUGGUAGAAACCUUUGGAGAGCUUUACUCAGGAACCGUUCUCUCUUACGGAUUAGACGGCCAGGCACGUAACACAACCAAGGAGAGUCAUAUCUUAUUCCAAGAUGCGCAGUCUAUCAUAUCAGGAAGCUAUAAAUUGCUCAGAAAGUUCAAGGAGACGGACGAGCAACUCAAGAGUUAUAAGUUCGAGCUUCCCACUGCGAAAUGGAAGCAGGAUAAGCAGGAUAUGAAAGACCUUCUCUUUUGCGGCCGCGAGUACGGAGAGAAACUCGUCGAGGAUAAGCUUACCCCAGAGGCUCACAUAUCUCGCCAGCAUGAUAGAUCCAAGGCAAAUGAAAGGGAGAGCAUGGCUUCAGAUCUCUUUAAAGAGAGCCGCAUGGCGUUAGACGGGGAUACUUGGGGUACAGUUGCAGCGGAGCAAGUCAAGAAAUUCACGGCUAUCGCGAAGUCUGUUCCCUUGGGAGCAAAUAAUCUAUCGCGGGGACAGUAGAGGAGUACAUAGAUUGAGAAUCUGUGAUGAUGGGCUGUAACUAUUAGCUUGUAUCAUAUGGAGC